UUGAUCUCCUGCAUCUAUUCGUGAUCGCGGCAAGUCGUCAUCGUUUGUGAUCGUCUUGGAGAUGGACGUCGGGGGUGACUCUUCUCGUUGGAUGGUGGUCAAUGGCGCCGGUGGUGGUGUGAAUGGGAACGGUAGUGGUCAGCAUCCUGCUGGGGCUACCGGUGUUGGUGGUGGUGGAGUUGGUGGUGGUGGAGUACCUGGGUCAGCAACGGAUACCAGCGGCCACUACGGCAGCCUCGCUCACCAUCACGGUUCUCUGUCGGGCGCCACCGCCGGAGUUACGGGGGAUCGCAUCCCGUCCGCACACUCAUCAUCAUCCGUGGGUCCUCUCCAUCUGGGUGACCCAUCACAGUAUGGCGUCUCGCAUCAUGAUGAGGUGGACGUGUACUAUCAUCAUACCAGCGGCUUGGACGGGAACUCGACUAACCACGUCGGAGCUUCAGCCGCACACCACGCUGCAGCAAGCUAUUAUUCGGGAUCGGCUGCGGCGGCUAGAGCAGCAGCCAUGCAUGGAUACAGACCCUCACACGCUGGAGUAGCAAGCAGUCAAGUUUGCAGACCCCAUUUCCACACGCCGACGUUUCAGUGGCUAGACAGCGGAAAGUCCCUUCACGGAGUCCAAGGAUCUGGUGCUUGGUGUGGUGGUCCAUUUGGUAGUUCAGCACCUCAUCCCGGUCCAACAAGUUCCUACACGUUACCGGCAUCGACGCCGAUCCAGCCGAGUUCGCACGGCCACCCUGGAACCGUCCCUUCUGCUGCUACACAUCAGGGUAACGCAGCGGCAGCGGCAGCAGCACACUACUUCAGCUUCCCUCCGACCCCGCCAAAGGACAACACACCAGAUAACAUCAUUACCCCCGUCAGCCUACACACGGCCAACACCGAUUACGGCUCCGAGCUCAAGAACGGGACAUCGUCGACCUCGGGGAAACACAUUCAUUGUAAUACGAGUAACAGCGUGAGUUCCCUGGCAUCGACAUCAGCCAUGAGUUCCAGCGUACUAGACUCGGCCUACUCGCAGGCUCCCCACCAUGUUCCCGCAGCUUAUGCUUCGUUCAUGUCAGAGCUACCUAACAGCGCUCUCAAUUUCCACCAUCCUGGGGUAAUGGGUAACAGAGGCUUAGCUCCUGCACCAAAACCAAGAAACAAAAGCAGAUCAACAACAGAGGGUCGAGAAUGUGUAAAUUGUGGCGCUACCUCGACACCGCUAUGGAGACGAGACGGAAACGGUCACUAUCUCUGUAAUGCCUGCGGUCUCUACCACAAAAUGAACGGACAGAACAGACCGCUUAUAAAACCUAAAAGAAGAUUGUCUGCUAAGCGAACAGGGACAUCAUGUGCAAACUGUCAGGCUACCGCUACCACACUGUGGAGGAGAAAUCCCAAUGGAGACCCUGUCUGUAAUGCUUGUGGUCUCUACUACAAACUUCACGGGGUUAAUCGCCCUCUCACAAUGAAGAAAGAAGGCAUUCAAACACGGAACAGGAAGUUAUCUUCCAAGUCGAAGAAGAACAAAGGCAAGUUGGGAGUGGACGGACUUCGUGCUCUAUCUCCAGAGGACAUGCACCGGUUUGCUACCUUCAGCGACCAGGCAUUCGGAGCCGCACACUAUCCUCAUCACCACUCCUCGGCCAUGGACUAUGGUAUGACGACGGCGUCGGCCUACGCCUCGCACGGGCCGUCAGUAACCUACCCGACGUCGGGCAUCUGUAACUCGCUCUACCCGGGUACGACGUCGCACCACCACGUACCCGUACCGUGCAGUUUGUCGCUAUCGUCACCGGCGACCAACAUGGUGGGCGCUCUGGCGUAGAGAACCCGAAACCAUUUCGGACUAACUUAUAGAACUACUGCGAGCUGGACUCUGGGACAGAUAAAUGCUUUCAUUGUGAUUGAAGCCAUACCAAUGUCAUGAAUUUGGAUCUGAAGAUGAGAAAGAUGGAACACUAUCAUAGAUGGAAGGUGAAAUGGUCGCUGAUGAAUUCAAUCUGUAGAGGCAGCUGCCAAAGACAAUCUUAUAUUAUUGCAUGUAGAUAUCUGUACAAACGUGUAUAAAGCCUAUUUGUAGAAUUAGAGUGUAAGUGAUUUUUAAAGCAAGUAUUCAUCGUUUGAAUCAUGUUCUCUUCAUUAUUCAGCUCCCACUCUUACUUGCCAAAUUAAUACCUUGCUAUACACUAGACGAGAGCGACUCUUUUGUUAGGUGUCAUGAUAGAAGUUACCAAGAAAGAUGACUUUUAUUUGAUUUAGCCAGCCUUCCCUGCCCUCUUUGUUUCUUGAUCAUUGAUGUACGAUUCAUUUAAACCUGAAGUCGUCAUCAUGUAUAAGCCAGCCUUCCCUGCCCUCUUUGCUUCUUGAUGAACGAUUCAUUUAAAGUGAAGUCGUCAUCCUGUAUAAGCCAGCCCUCACUGCCUUUGGUUUAAACAGAAACACUACUUUCAUUUUCUUCUUUGCGGUUGGAAAUGCAGGAGUUCAUCGUAUGGGUGACCGAAAUGUUGUCGCUAGAUGGCGUUAGUCGUUUCUGCGUUUUUCUCACCAUAAAUUAGACGACAUAAAUAUUGUAGUAAAGUUGACAUACAUUAGUUUCAUUUUCAUAGUUUACAAAAUAAAAAACAAAUAUUACCAACAAAAUCUAAGGUGUCGCGAAUUUAGUAAUUUGGCAUCAUUCAUGCAACGUUCGUUAAAAUGACGCAAAGAUUAUUUAAGACCGACCAUAUCAAACCGAAUAGCGAAUGUGGUUAUUAGUCCUAUUUAUAAGUGACUAUAUUUACCAUGGUUGGAAUGGUUUGGAAUAUGCUUUGCAGAAACGAAUUAACGUGAUAAGUAUGACUAUACAAGAUCUUGCUCUUUUAAGAAAAACAGCCAAUUUUGCUCUGCACCAUCUGUACAUGACUUGUAUACUUGCUUUUGUUCGCUGGCUUUAUGUUUUGUUUUGGUAUAACUAGGCAAAAUCAUUUUUAACGUUUAAGGUCAGUAGGUCACAAUUCCGCCUGUAAUGUAUACCUGUUCCAUCACAUAGAUCAUGGAACAACAUUUAAAAUACAACGGGUGUUUUUUUUUCUCAUCCCUUUUUUCGUAUUUUGAGCGAAAAGACGCAUUGGUUUUUUGAAGUUCGAUUAUGUUAUUUACAUUUUUAUAUACCCGGAUUUUGUUCUCCCCCGAGAGAGAUUUUGUCACUUUAUUGCUUAUGGAUAUUUUUUAUGCAUCAGUAUUAUUUAUAUUUGAAUGUUUCCAGAUUUUAUUUGUAUCAUCCGUGUCAUCAUUCACGUUGUGAAUGAAAAUACAAAUUAAUGUAGUUGGAACAUUUCGUCAUACCAUAGUCACAUAGCUAACCGGAAUAUUGUCGUAAAUCGACUUUCUAAAGAUCGGCAGAAUAUCUGUUGUUCAAUUUGAUGAUUUUUAUUUUUGUUAAUACGAUCAUUACCUCAAAAUCACAUCGGGUAUAAAGUACAAAAAUAAGUGAAAACUUAGGACAGUAGUAGAAAUGAAAGGAAAAUAAAAUGAACAUGAAAGAAGACUGGGUGAAAUGAAAUCAUGCUACAGCUACAACGACGACAACAAUUUCAACAACAACAACAACAACAACAACAACAACUUCAACAACAACAAAUGCUAUAGAACAACUCAAACAAUUGCAAUAAGAAAACACCUUACUGAAAACGAAAUGAUCUUAAGGGGGAUUUAACACAAACACAUAUUUUUUGUUUCUCUCUGUUUAAACAAAUUGUAUUUUUGAUAGAACUAAGGUGAUUUCUCUAUCGCUCUUUAUAUUGGACUGUAACUUAAUUUUUUGUAUCUAUUUAUUUCAGCUCUUUGCAACUCAUGUAAAUAACACCAUGUCCUUGUCUGUUCAUUAUUCAAGUUUCAAAGGGUAUUGUCUCACACCGAUUAAUUUGAUACAUGAUAAUGUUUUUUUCAUGAAUGGAUAUUUUGUUUUGGAGUAUUGUUCUUGAUCACUCUCGGUGUGCACAAACUUAUCCUGUGAUGAUUUAGACAUGUAUGCAGUAUGACUUCAAUGUCUAUACUUACCUCUGUUUUUCAUGCCCAUUUGUGUAAAGAAGGAUAGAAAUUUCACACCGUAAUUAUAUGAUAGUAAAUCAGUCCAUUUAGGCUAUCAAUUUGUUUAAUUAUGAACAUAAAGUCCUGAGCACUGUGUUAUAUAUGAAAUAGUUUCCGGACCGACCAAAGAGUUCUUUUCAACAUUUUAACCCCAACCCAAAUUUAUGCAUUUUGUUCCUAAAUAAUACGGCGAAAUUGGUACUUGAUUUUCUUAAACGCCCUUCCAAAUUUGUGAUAACGAACCAUACAUAAGGAUCAAUUUAACUUUCUUUCUCCAACAAACAAAAGCCAGAGUUUAAUUCAAUUUGUAUUCCUAGAGAGUGAUCUUCGAUACAAUGCAUUUUGAUAUGUCACGAAACAAAUGGAUUUGUACAAAUGUAUUACUGAUUUGUGUGCCAUGUAGGAGUAUUGUUUCUUGAACAUUUCUAUACAGUGUUCCUGUAUAAAUAAAUGCGCAUAUAUUUAAAUGAGCGAUUAAAUUUAUUCCAAGUAUA